UUCAUUGUGACAUCACAAGAUUCUGAUUCUGGGAGGUUAGCUGUUGUACAGACAAACAGAACAGUGUAAAGGUACUGAUUCAACUAACUACUGACAGAUUAUUAAUGUCCAAUUUCAUUAGAGAGAGAACACGCUGCUUACUGGAGAGAGUUAUUGUUAGCUAGGAGGAAGACAUGGAGGGUUCAACGCUGACACAGAGGAGGGCUGAGUGUCAGUUGAAGGAAAGUGAGAUCCAGACAGACUACAUGAUGGAGCUGGGAUCCAGGUUGGCUCUGGUGAGACAGAUCCAGAGGGAGCAGGAGAAGGAGAUGAAGAGGAUUUGGUUUGAGACGAGGAAAAUGCCAAGCCUGAUUGAGGAGAAUGUGAGAGAUGUGACCAACCGUCCACUCACUGAGUUCAUGGCUCCCUGUAUUGACUCCCUCCCACCGCUGGCUUUCACCAAUCGGAGGCCUAUACCAACCAUGUUGCAACCCCCCUCUCCAUUGGCCAUACGCACUCAGGAUGCACAGCGGUUCAUUGUAUUUUCAUACUUUGUCCCUGCUGAGUGCCCAGUUGCUACAGAGGCCACAGCAGAUGUAUCUACUCGUAAAAGAGAGGACUUAUUGACAGAUACACAUCUUUCCUCAAAGCUGCAUCGAUACCUGCCACACUUUUAUAACGAUGACUCCAUUCCACCACAGCAGACAGUAGAGGGAACCACUGAGGUCUCAGUAAAGGAAGAGGACAGAUUCUAUCCUUUCUCCCUCCCACCACUGGCUCAGCGGUUCGUUGGCAAUUCAUUCAUUGUCCCGGAAACCUCCCAGCCUGCUGUUUGUGCCACAGGGUGCCGAAUUGCCAAAGAGGCCACUGAGGACACAGCCACUGUCAAGAGAGAGAACCGAUGGGCAGCCCAUCUCUUUGACAUUGACUACAAACUGCCAGAGGAGGCAGUAGAGGGAACCAACAAGUGUCCAGUCGCCAGUGAAUCUGCCGCUUCCGUGUCCGCUGUCCUCCAAGAGGAGUUUUCAGCUGAUAAGAGUCUUCCUGCACCCACAGCACGGCCUCUAAGGCUGCCCUGCACCCACAGCAUGGACCACAAACAGCUAUGGGAGAAAGUUGAGGACAACACAGAGUUCUCAGUAGACAAAGAAGCAACUGUUGCCAUUUACACUUGGGAAGAUAAAAGUCCUUCAGUUCUGGCAUGCAUCCACAACAACAACGACCACCAACUGCCAGAGGAGACAGUUGAGGACAACACAGAGUGCUCAGUUGACACCGAGGCAAGUGCAGUUGCACCCACUGUCAAGAGAGAGGAACUGACAGGUGAUAAAAGCCCUGUCCGAGCAAUUCCUCCUAUCCUGGGAUGCAUCCAUGACAAGGACCACAAGGAGCCAGAGCAGAAAGUGAAGGGCCCUAGUGAAGAGGUGGAUCUCUGCCCUCACACUCACCAGCUGGACCCAGAUGUUAACCCAGAUGCAACCCGCAAUGAUGAACCCAGGACCUGGACCCUGGAAGAGGCAAAGGAUUAUUGGAUAGGCAUUGAUAUUGAGAGUGAAGAGAGGAGCGUCAAGGAGGAGGUGAGACAGAGGGAGGGAUUGAAGCGUGAGGCGGACUGUGCCCAUUCCAAGAGCUCCAAUGGGAUGGCUUCAUCAGAGAGAGCAGAGACCAUCCUUGGAAGACUGGGCUUUCUGGUCAUGAACCACAUGCAGAAAAUCCCAUUUUUGAAGAUGAAGGAAAAAGAGAAAAAUAAGAAACUGCAUAAGAAGUUGAAAGAUGAUGAGAAAGAGAGAAAGGAGAAGAAAAACAAGGAGGAGGAGAACAAAAAGAGGGAGAAGAAAGAGAUGAAUGAGAGAGAGAAAGAGCAGAAGAAAGUCAUGAAGGCUGAGAAAAAGAGGGAGAAGUUAGAACAGAAAAAGAGAGAGAAGGAAAGAAAAGAGAAGGAAAAGGCAGAGAAAAAGAGGUUAGAGGGGCUGAUGAAGAUACAUAAUGACAUGAUGAAAGACAGGAUUAAGAAAGAGAAGAAGUGUUCUGAGGAGCUGAAAAAGAGAGAGAAAGCUCAAGCUGAGUUCUUGGAGAUGGAGAGAAAGAUUCAAGAAAAGGAGGAGAAGAAGAGAGAAAAGAGGAGGAAAGAGGAGAGGAAGAGACUAGAGAAGAAGAAAAAGAGGGAGCCAGCUGGAUGUGGAACUGAGAGGGUGAUAGAAGAGCAGGGGAAGGAUGAAAGCUUGAAGAUGGAUGAGUAGACUGGGUAUUAGAGAGAGAGAGCAGGGCGGGAUACUGUAUUUUUGCAUGCAAUGAAAAAUGCAAUAAAUAAAAUCUAUAAAAAAGGUUUACUCUCUGUUUGAUUUUUGUCAAGGCAUACUGUAUAACACAGUUUAAACACACAAUGUUUACAUUUCACAAAUCUGGGGAGUGUUGCACUGUUAAAAUGUUGAAUUCCAAAUCUACCCGAUGGAGCGGAGCGGUGCUGAGAUGAGGAGGUGGAGGGUAGAGAGGAAUAAGAUUGAGUGGAACAUGAUAGAGAGGAAUAUGAUAUAGAGGUAUAUGAUAGAGAGGAAUA